AUCCUGCUUUUAUUUUGUAUAAUUCUAUAGAUGAGACUUUAUCUGUUCCCAUGUCCUACUGUUUUAUCACUACCAUACUUUAAGGAAUUACAACACAAAGAUGCAGCUUUGUUUUCAGGUCGGGUGCAAAUAUACAGCAGAGAAACUCACACCUUCACCGUUUUAGUGACACCCAUUCACCGUCGACACAAAGGGGACAGUCAGGGCAGCUAUCAUAAGAACAGUCAUCCCCCAGGGGCAAAGGGGAAUAGACUGUUUCAGUCCGGCAUGCCUUGUUUGUUCAUGAUUUGAGGGGAGAUUUUUUUUUUCUUUUUUUUGUCAGUGUUUUGAAGAGCAUUUUUGGAGAGCAGUAUUUUCAAGGGUAGGCUCUGAGUUCAACAAUAUCUUAAAAAGGACAAGAAUUUAAAUGAUAUGUUAUUGAGACUUCACCAAAAAAAAAGAUAGUGGCAUGGGCUGCCAAACAGAAAUGUUUGUGGGAUCAUUUUGCUCCUUCUGCUGUGUAUGUGGCUUAAGAGAAGGGGUUGUUUUCUCAGGACCUUUACCAGAGGGCUGGGCUCUGGUGGGACAAGUGGGCUGGCUGCUCUGCCUGCAGGAUGAGAAGAAAGGAGAAAAUGGAAAAGAGGGAGGGCUGAGUGGGGGUUUGGAAAAGCCUCUUCCAGCCCUUCUACUCUUUCACUUUAUAGUUCCUCCAUACACACACACACACACACAGGCACACACAUAGACGGCAGGGACCAGUAGACAAAGUCAGGAUGUGACAUCAUCCGCAGGAAGAGAAGCCAAACAACUUUUUUCUGUCUUUACUGUGUUGUCUGUGGUGCUGAGUGAAGUUGGAGCCUCUCGGUCUGUUAGUGGCCGGCACUCAAGGACAGGAUCCAGAGGAGCUAGAAGGGGGCAUAUCAACUGGAUCUGUCCUCCACAGGGACUUUAAUAUCAAGGUGUCUGGUGCCUGAAUCCUCCCUGAACCUCCCACCACAUUGCAGACUCUUCGCUGCAGGAUUUCAGUCAGAAACGUCCCACCAUAUGAGAACGAGCGCUCCCUGCAAUCUUUACGUGACAGACCCCGACCCCCUGUGACCUGAUUUCCGUGCUCAAACCUGCCCGGUUCCAUCUCUCAGGAAGGCUGCACUUUAUCCAACUCAAAACUAAUUAUUAUUCUGGAAGGCUUAUUCUCCCCUUAUCUCAGGGGAAACGACUGAAUAAAUGGCGUUGUGUCUUGGACAAGUGUUCAGCAAAGACAAAACAUUCAGACCAAGGAAGCGGUUUGAACCGGGCACUCAGCGCUUUGAACUCUACAAGAAGGCCCAGGCCUCGCUCAAGUCCGGCUUGGACCUGAGAAAAGUGGUUCAGCUGCCAGAGGGAGAGAACAUCAAUGAUUGGAUUGCUGUUCAUGUGGUGGAUUUUUUUAACAGGAUCAACUUGAUCUAUGGCACGAUGAGUGAGUUCUGCACCGAGCGCACGUGUCCCAUCAUGUCUGGGGGCCUGAGGUACGAGUACAGGUGGCAGGAUGGUGACGACUAUAAGAAACCCACCAAGCUGCCCGCUCUGAAGUACAUGAACUUGCUGAUGGACUGGAUAGAGUCGCUCAUCAAUAAUGAAGACAUCUUUCCCACCAGAGUAGGUGUACCUUUCCCCAAGAACUUCCAGCAGGUGUGCAAGAAGAUCCUGAGCCGGCUCUUCAGGGUGUUUGUGCAUGUUUACAUUCAUCACUUUGACAGCAUCUGCAGCAUGGGUGCAGAGGCCCACAUCAAUACCUGCUAUAAGCACUACUACUACUUCAUCACCGAGUUCAACCUCAUUGAUCACUCUGAACUGGAGCCCCUGAAAGAGAUGACAGAGAAGAUAUGCAAUUAAACAAAACCACAUGGACGAAGGAGUUUACAUUUUGACUUUAUCUGAGCCCCGUGAGAAAUCAUUGGCUU